AAAUUUUUUAAGACUCGCGAAGGGUGACUUGUUAUUGUUUUGACUGGGGCAUAGAACCUGCAUAAAACAGACGGGGUGUAAGGAAAACGCAGAACGAAGAGAUGGCAAAAAUACAUCGCUAGCACAGACUCGUUGGGGGUAGGUUCUGGGGAGACUGCUAUCGCAAGAUAAAAGAGCAAAGUCAUCUUUCAGACGCCCCCCGGUCUACAGAGACACUUUACAGCCCUCAAUAACCAUUGCAUUUGAUGUAAGAAGUCGUUUGACGAGUUUGCAUGACUGGGUGACGCCAGGCGCCCUCUCAUUACACAUCAGACUACUAGCUACGUACUUCUCAGGACUGCGGAACAACCACUGCGCUGCUUUGUUUUUAUUCUACACCUGUUGUCAGUAUGGCUCAGCUGAAAAUAUCACUUUGCGUGUUGGUGUCUAUUUGUCUCGCCUCGGUUUUGUCCAUAGACAGCUCCGUUCAGUUUGCGUCCGAAAGUCUCAGUUCCUCCACUGUUCGCUCGGUGUGUAAGUCCAUCCCCAGCACACUUUCUCUGUGCCACGGCGUCGGUUACCGGGAGAUGCGGCUUCCCAACCUGCUGGGGCACGACUCGUUGAAAGUAGCCCAGCAGCAGUCGGCCGCGUGGCUGCCGUUGGUCUCCAAACUCUGCCACCGGGAGACCAAGAAGUUCUUGUGCUCGCUCUUCGCUCCGGUGUGCCUACCGGAGGGGCCCGUGCGCCCCUGCCGUGGGCUGUGCGAGGCUGUGAGGGACGGUUGUCUCCCCGUGAUGAGCGCAUUUGGGUUCCCGUGGCCCGACAUGUUCAACUGCACCCGGUUCCCGUGCGGGACCCAUCUCUGCAUUCCGACCACGACCCGAGACACAGAGUGUGCGCGGAAGGGAGAGGAAGAGGGACACGAGGGGGUAUCAAAGGGUUUGUGCCUAUCAUCUUAGAGAGCUGCUCAUCUGCAAAACAUUUCCACUCUCUUUCACACACGCACGCUCAUCCUGUUCUCCGUGGCAUGUCUCUUGGUGUCCUCAGGAACAGUGAUCUGUGAUGCAUGCAGUCUGGCCGCUGAGGGAGAGAAAGACAUCCAGAACAACUUCUGCAACAGUCCAUAUGGUGAGUGAUAUGUGUAUGGCAUUGGUUACACUUUUACACAGAGGCUUAUAGAGGUCUAGAACGUGUUUACAUGUUUGAAAAAGUGUUUACAGACAGGUAUUUCUUUGUUUCCUCGCUCAGCCUUUAAACUGCGUAUCGGGAGUGUGUCUGUGGAGGGGGGUGACCGCAGGAUAGUCCCUCUGGGCCGGAGUCGCAUCCUGAGGUGGGAGGGUGGAGGUGCGGAGAGGGCCGAGGGCGUCGGGGGGGCCAUGGCCUACAGUGCCCUUUGGCUGCAGGAGGGGGGUACCUGCACCUGUCCUCCCCUGGAGGAGGCAGAUGGGGGAGAGGGAGAGGGGAAGGGGUCCCUGGCAGGGGUGUGGUACUUGGGCCUUGCUGGCGCACAGGAGGGCAGGCUCGUCCUCUCUAGUCUGGUGAGGUGGAGGAGGGGGGACAAAGAACUCAAGAAGUUCAUCAGGAGACUGCUCAAACAACCCUGCUAA